UCUUUAUGGAUAACUGUUAUUAAACAAUAGUGGACGAGAUGUUUGGAAUUAAUUCAGCAGUUCAUUUGUUUUAAUGACCCAAAGCCAAUUAAUUGUUGUCAUGACAUACAUUAAAUAAGCAUAGGCCCAGAACAACAUUAAAUUAAUAUUGCCUACAGUCUACAAUUCAUUUUUACAUGUAUUUUUUUACUGACAAGGUCACUUUAACCACUGUUAUUUAUUUUCUAUCCUUGGCUAUCAAUAGUAAAAUGUAAAGUACACGGAUAUUGCAAUGUCGUUUUGCGCUGUUUUCUCAAGCAUGCCAAAUAAAAUGGAGAUGCGUUGAAACUGUGGACCAGAGAUGAUGCUCUGUUCAGAGAUCCAGCAGUAACGUACAUUAUCAGUCAGUUCCAGUAGUGUUGGUACAGGCUAUCAAAUUCCAAAGCAAGGUUCGACAUGUCAUUCUUUUCCCACCACAAUAGGCUAUAGAUAUGUUAACCAAAUAGCCCAAGUCACAUCAGCCGCUCCAUGCGUCGUCAAGGAAAGGGUAUUGAUAUGCCUUAUCAAAUCAACGAAGUCAAACGACAAAAAAGACUCUAUUGGUCUUUGAGGGUUUUUUGUAUUGGGAAAUAAAUGGUGUUUUCCAAAGUGUCCUUUCAUUGGUCGGCUCAUAGUCAGAAGGUGUGUGAAGUCCUUGCUGAUACGUCGAGCUGGAGACCAAAGCCAAUGAGAGCAGUACAAUUGUCUUGGGGGCGGACCGAAAAGCGUGAAUUCCCGUUCUCUGUCAGAUAUGCACUAUUGCAUAGUUUCUAGAGAUUAUGGUUCCUGACUGGUCGGUACGAUAGUGCCCAUUAAGUUUAUUUCAGGUUCGUGACAGCAGGUAUAUCAGCAACCUCUGCGUGACCUGACUGCAGCUAUGAUACUGAAACUCUUAGAUGUGAAGAAACCUGCCUUCCCCUGGUUCGGGAUGGACAUUGGCGGCACACUGGUGAAGCUGGUCUACUUCGAGCCCAAGGACAUCACGGCCGAGGAGGAGCAGGAGGAGGUGGAGAGCCUGAAGAGCAUCCGCCACUACCUGACCUCCAACGUGGCCUACGGCAGCACGGGCAUCCGCGACGUGCACCUGGAGCUGUGCAACCUGACCAUCUGCGGGCGCACGGGCAACCUGCACUUCAUCCGCUUUCCCACCCAGGACAUGCUGGGCUUCAUCCACAUGGGCCGCGACAAGAACUUCUCCAGCCUCCACACCACCCUCUGCGCCACCGGUGGAGGUGCCUACAAGUUCGAGGAGGACUUCAGGAUGAUCGCCAACCUUGAGCUCCAGAAGCUAGACGAGUUGGACUGCCUGAUCCACGGCCUGCUCUACUUGGACUCGGUGAGCUUCAACGGCCACCCCGAGUGCUACUUCUUCGAGAACGCCUCGGACCCAGAGAACUGCGAGAAACGGCCGUGUUGCCUGGAAGACCCUUUCCCCAUGCUGCUGGUCAACAUCGGCUCGGGGGUCAGUAUCCUGUCCGUCUACUCCAAGGACGACUACAAGCGGGUCACAGGGACCAGCCUGGGAGGGGGGACAUUCCUUGGCCUGUGCUGCCUUUUAACUGGCUGCGAGACGUUCGAAGAGGCUCUGGAAAUGGCUGCCAAAGGGGACAGCUCCAACGUGGACAAGCUGGUGAAGGACAUCUAUGGGGGAGACUACGAGCGUUUCGGUCUCCAGGGCUCUGCUGUCGCAUCCAGCUUUGGCCACAUGAUGAGCAAAGAGAAGCGCGAUAGCAUCAGUAAAGAGGACCUGGCAAGGGCCACCCUCGUCACCAUCACCAACAACAUCGGCUCGCUGGCGCGGAUGUGCGCUGUCAAUGAGAAUAUUACAAGAGUUGUUUUUGUGGGCAACUUCUUGCGAAUCAAUACUGUGUCAACCAAGCUCCUAGCUUAUGCUAUGGACUUCUGGUCAAAAGGACAGCUUAAAGCCCUCUUCUUGGAACAUGAGGGCUAUUUCGGUGCUGUCGGUGCCUUCCUUGAGCUACUAAAGAUGACUGAUGACCUGUAAAAACAUGAAGGAGAACCAAUGGAAACCUGUCGUGAGGUUCCAAGCCCUAACAUGACAAGCUGCUUAAAAGGUGUCAGGAAAAGCCACUUCUGGGGAGAAGCCAUUUUGAAAAUGAUGUAACUCAUUCUCACAACAUCAUUGCCUCUUAACCUCCUCAUCAUCGGUCGGAUUUACUACUAAUUAAUGUAAAUGUGGCUCGGAGGAGAAAAAUAUUUUAUUUAUUUUUUAUUUUGCUGCUGAUAAGCACGCCUUCCUGGUACUGUCUGUAGAGAAAUAGCAAUCCAUGUGUUUCUUACCAGUGUCCUUGAAAGCCAGAACCUACUGAUUGACUUAUGUCUGUUUUUUUGUUUGUUUGUUUGUUUUUGCUUUUUUUGCUAACUCUCCGACCACUUCAUAGGAAAUGGACCUAAAAGUUUAUGUACAGUAUUAGGUUUUCAUUCCGCUCUUGCAGUUCAAUAUGCUGCUUCUAUGCAGUCUUCUGUCAAAAUCGACUCAUCUUAAAUGUCAGAGCUAAAACCAGUGCUACCAGACAUCUCAUCCUAGUCACCCAUGCAAGGGGACUCUUUUGCCUGUAAAUACUUUUGUGUUUCUAUUUAAAAAAGAUCUUCUCCUCCGCGCUUUACCCAGAAUGUCUUCUCCAUGCACGUCCAAUGAUUGACAUGGUCCAACCGGUGACCGUUGACAAGGAACCAAGUUAAUUCUUCGAGGUGUGUCCUCAAAGCAUCUCUCGCAUGCAGCUCUCCUGCAUACAGUGACUGAGUGAGCCCUAAUUUCAUUGAUGAGCUACCGGCAACGAGCAAAGUCCGCCGCUCGUGAACUAAAGCUAAUUUAAUAACUCGGCAAAAUAUUUUCCACGUGCCACAUGGUAGCUUUCGUUCGUGCACAACGGACUUUGCUUGUUGCUUUACUCGUUUCUCGUCAGUGAAAUUAGGGCCCAGUAUCUAUUAACUCGCUUGCCGAUUUGACUUUGUAUCUGGCUAACACGUGGGGAACAAAGUAGACAGAUCGAAGCCAGACUUAAAUGUUCUUCAGUGGCGUGAGUGGGGUUCCACUGUUCCAUGGACAUGUUGUUCCUGGAACAUCGUAUGGUCUGAGUUAAACUCUACUGUAAGCCAAAGGCAGUCAUCCCUUGGGGUCUUUCAGCUAGGUUUAGGGUUAGCUAAGGUUUAGGGUUAGCUAUCAGCUUCAGUGUUGAAUUGUCACUGUAAUGCCAAGAAUACAGAUGCAGACGCCUUCGGUGAAAGCUGAUAUGCGGCCUGUCGCAACGGCCUGUAUAGAGCUACGCUGCACAGCAGCUUGUAAAGAGCUACGCUGCACAGUGGCCUGUAAAGAGCUACGCUGCACAGCGGCCUGUAAAGAGCUACGCUGCACAGCGGCCUGUAAAGAGCUACGCUGCAUUUUCACCUGCCAUUUUCCUUCUUCGUGAGGCCUUCUCCACCCUUCUACUCCACCUGGUCUCAUAAACCAAAUGUAUUCUAUGCAGCGUGAAAGGCAUUGCAAUAGGACAUAAAAGUAUUUUAAUGAAUUUCACUUACUAGAGCAAUGCCUUUGGAGGUCUAAUGUGGACCUGCGCACAAAUACUUUAUUAGAAAAACUGGCAGUUCAAAUGUUACAUAAAGUACUUUAUACCCCAGAGAUGAGAAAUACUCUUAUUUGAUUGGUUGGCAGGUGUCCUUUAAAUCUCUAUAAUGGAACACUUGACAUAAAGUAGAUCCGGUGAAGAAGUUUAAUCACCGUUCUAUAUCAAUAAAACUUUGAAUGGUAACUAUAACAACCACAGUAAAUAACUCUGCCUCGCGUCAUGGAGUUCUUUGCCUCCGCCUUGCCCAUAAAUUUCGUAUAACGGGACACCACAGCAGCCGUUAUCCCUUACAUAAUCAACCAGCGUUGAAUCAACUGGAAAAUCUCUUGAGAACAAGAGGAAAGCCGCAAGUCACUGGAGCGAAACAUAAAACAUGCUUUGUAAAUCUGGAUUCGCAACUAAUUCUAAUUUCUAUGAUUUCAUAAUCUGCCUAAAUGCUUAAGAUCAAGAAACCAAAACUGCAUUAUUAUUCUCCCUACCUCAGUAUCCUAUGACCCAGAAUUGUACCCAGAAGGGUAAAUGAUUUCCUUUCACACUGUGGCUGCGGUGAUUCCAAAUUCUUAAUGUCUUGUUCUAUACCAGUCUAUAACCACAGUUCGGGUUUGCUUAACCGGCUUUACAUCUAAAACCUGUUUAAUAUACAUGUAUGUGGCAAAGAUGUAUAGCAUGGAGUAGAACUUACAGGACCUCUUAGCAAGGGACAAGCUCAUGUGAAUAUCCUGGUAGCAAUUCUAAGCCACUGAAUUUAAAUGUUCCCUAUUUGAUGUAAAUUGCAAAGCAUGGAAACAUUUCAUGCACACUGUAAAUAACUGUAAUAACGCUUAAACAUUGCUUAUAAUAUCCAUCAUCGGAGUCAUAGCCAUCACUCCGACAGGAUUGUUGAAAGCAAUAUUUGAAAACAAUCACCUUGUUGGUGUAUUCCAAAUAGAUGAAAAACUAAUAUAUGAAGAGGAUAUAACUGAUGAAACUUUAGAUGUCACCCAAGUGUCGUACACUCCUUAUGGGAAAUCCCAGUGAACAUUUGAGACUUGCAUAUCAUGUCCUUUGACACUCUUUGGUGUCAAAACAAUAGUGCCAGUGUAACUCUGAAUCUGCGUGCGGGAGUGAGACUAGCCUAUAGUUGUGGAUCAGUCGAUGAAGGUGUUUUUCUUUAACUUGUAAAUAGGACCGGGUUCUUUUUUUCUUCCCUAUCUCUCUCUACCUCUCAAUCAAACUGUAUUGUCUAUCAAUUUUCUUUCUUUACUAUCUAUCCCUGUUUGUCAGUUUCUCUUUCUCUAUCUCUCUAUGACCAGCCCUCUUAAUUGCCUUAUGCAGCAGAAUGCCGUGUUGAAGUUGGUUAAAUUGCGUAACAUGUCACAAUAACAACAGUCUGUGAGACAUUUUUAGAGCUUUAGUUUCAUCAUUUGGUGUGAUGCUCCUCAUGUUUCUGUCUUAUUCAUGGUUUUCUAAUCGUAAAGUAACAGUAAUCCAAAAAACUCUAAUGCAGACAGAUUCACUAAUGAUGAAGAGCAUAGAUGUGCUGCUAAUGAUUCCAUUAUUGAUGGCUCAAAAAUGUCUUCUAAGGGAGUUUUUAAAAUGUGCAGAUGUAGUUACCAAUUAUGAUUCAUUUGUAUUUUUUUUAUUAAGGAAAAUGGCGUUUAAAAUCUUGUUGGCUGUUGUUAUUACAAAGUGUUCAAAAUGAUUGCAAAUAUGCAACCGCAUCCAGUCAGACACUAACUCUAUGAGACACUCUUCCGUUUUUUAAACGGGGUGCCUUCGUUGAUUCAGUGUGAAUGAACUGUAUUUUUCUUCAUUUUGUCAAUUGCUCUUUCUUAAAACCCUUUUUUUCUGCUCUACCCGCUGUACCGAUGUCACUUCCUCAUGUUCAUUUGCCUUCCUGUUGCAUGUCCUCUUUGUGUUUAGGCAUAGACACGACUGACUGUGAUAGGCUGAGUAAAAGCAGUAUUCCGCAUCACAAUGAAACCGUAUCCGUGGGAGCAGUGUAAACCCCUCAGCAUCAAACCAGGGCUGCACUUAAUUCAGUCUGUGACUUGACCCCUCUGGAGUGAGGCACAGAAAUGUUGAGGAAUGUGGGCGUGUAUGCUCUGCCACAGUAUAACCACAGUGUUCACUCGUUCUUGACUAGGCUAGGUAAGACAUGUUUGUGAUGCUGGAAUCAGACAAAAUUACACUGUAAGGUUGGGGCAAACCCUAGCCUUGGGAGAGCGGUGGCUUUGCAGUUUUCUGACUGAUGGGGUUCGUUCCAGUUAUUUAUCUCACCUUUUUUUCUCAUGUGAAUAUCUGACGAAUAACACGAAUCAGAAAUCCCUGCGUUUCUCCUGUUAUUGGAGAAUCUGAGUUUUGGUGUGUAACUUUCCAUAACCGGAAAACCAGUCACCUUUCAAACAAAACAAACAAAAAUACUGUGCCUGAAUAGAACAGUUGAAAGCGGUUUUCGGUUAUAGAGCCCUUUAGUGGUGGAACAUACUGGAUUUUCAGGUUCUCUUAAUUAUCCUGAUGUAAUCCUCAAUGUUAUGAUUUUUCUUUUUUUUUAGACCAUGUCCAUUGCUAUGCUCUCCUUGUCUGUCUAAACAUGUUGUAUAUUUUCAUUAAAUGCAUCAUGACUCA